UUUUAACAUCCACUAUAAGCAAGUUGCAUAAGAGAAUUCAGGUGUAGGACAUAGUUAUUAUUAAUUACUUGAAAGAGAACAGCGAAAUAUUAUAAAAUGCAAGGGUUGGGAUUACAAAGUUUAAAAAAAAAUCCUGCGUUAAUCCCAUUAUAUGUGUGCGUCGGGGCUGGUGCACUUGGGGCAGUAUAUUACACUAUGCGGUUAGCGACAAGAAAUCCUGAUGUAACUUGGAAUCGUUCAUCCAAUCCCGAGCCAUGGCAAGAGUAUAAAGAAAAGCAAUAUAAGUUCUAUUCGCCAAUAAGGGAUUAUAGUAACAUUAAAUCUCCUGCCCCCAAAUUUGAGGAAUAACUGGUUUAUGUAAUUGCAGAGCAAAUAUGUACGACUUCUAUCUAAUGAUGUUGCUUAAGUGAAAAAUUAAAAAUAAAACUAGCAGUGUGAAAUAAA